GUGACGGAGCUACGUCACUUCCACUUAAGAUCGGCGUCUGGUCAGUGGGAACCCACGCGCUUUCAACAUGCGUAUUGAGAAGUGUUAUUUCUGUUCGGGCCCUAUUUACCCCGGCCACGGCAUGAUGUUUGUCCGCAACGAUUGCAAGGUGUUCAGAUUCUGCAAAUCCAAAUGUCAUAAAAACUUUAAAAAGAAGCGGAAUCCUCGCAAGGUCAGGUGGACUAAAGCAUUCCGUAAAGCAGCUGGUAAAGAGCUUACGGUGGAUAAUUCAUUUGAAUUUGAAAAACGUAGAAAUGAACCUGUCAAAUACCAGCGAGAGUUAUGGAAUAAAACUAUUGAUGCAAUGAAGAGAGUUGAAGAGAUCAAACAGAAGCGCCAAGCUAAAUUUAUAAUGAACAGAUUAAAGAAAAAUAAAGAAUUACAGAAAGUUCAGGACAUCAAAGAAGUCAAGCAAAACAUUCAUCUUAUCCAGGCCCCUCUUGCAGGCAAAGGAAAGCAGCUGGAAGAAAAAAUGGUGCAGAAAUUACAACAGGAUGUGGACAUGGAAGAUAUUUCUUAAAAAUCUCACUAACUUUAUAAGUGUAUUUGAAAAUCUCUUUAGGAGACUAAGAACUGAAUUAUCAAUUUAUAUCUUAAGUAAGGUCACUCAAAUGAAAGGUAAUUAAAAAUGCAUCUCUCCUACAUUGCUGUCUGUAAAACAUUAUCCAUAUUAUGGAUGUUAGAUUGCAUCUCCAUCGUUAAACCUUCACUGAGAGUUUACAUUUAUGUAAGUCGUGCAAAUUCUCUUUGUAAAUACAGACUGAAGUGUGGAAAUAAACUGGUCCUGCCAUUUGGAUAGUGGCACUAGGUAGAUUUAUGUGUGAACUAACAACAAAAAUUCAUGGCUAGCAAUAUGUAAAAUAAAUUUUCUUUGCGGUAAAAUAUUCCCUGUAUUAAUAUUAUAGAAAGGGGGCUUACAACAAGGAACUAAACCUGUAUGAUAAUUAGCUGCAAGUAAUCUUUUAAUUUGUUUUGGUUUCUUAGCAUCUUAGAAGAACAUACUGGCCUCACAUAUUGAAACCUAAUUAUGUUGGACUGUUUUCACCUGCGCUGUUUUGAUAGGCAGCUCCUAAUGUUGGGGGUGAGAGCUGAAUAGUGUGCUCCUGAAAUGGCACUAUCAUAUACUUUCUACUUUGGAGAAUACUUAAUUCUGAGAUUCCUGAUUGAUAGAACCAGAUAUAUUUUUCCAGCAUAGCAAUGAUUUAGAAGCAAAGGAAUCGCAGUGCCUUUUAAGAUAGGUUGUGUGGUUUUCUUUUAUAAAGCUCCUAAUUGUUUUUCAAAAAUAGAAUUUAUGGUUUUAGCAUCACAAAUUUGCACAUAAGAUCCUUUUUUCCAAAGUAAGUAACUACAAGUUUUUUGUUUAAAAGUUACUAAAAAAAGUAUUAAUUAGUGGGAAGAAAAUAACCCCCUCCUACAUACUACUGAAGCAGGAGAUACAUUUUUAAUUAAAAAUAUGUACUGAAUGUUUAAUGUUUUUAUAUUUCUACAUUAUUUGCAACUUUAAGGAUCAGAAGUAACUCAGUUUUUUUAUAUUUUUUGAGGACAUAACUUAGAAUAAAUUAUAAUCUUAGGGUUAUAAAAUUAUAAAGAAAUGACUAAAUUUUUAUUUCAGUAUUAGUGAAAAAGUGACUGAUCACUGGACCAGGUGUUGGAAGACCUGAAUUCCAGUGUGGCUUUUGCCUUUGUGUUCUUAUUUGUAAAAUAUAGCUCAUUUGUAAAUAACUUUAUUGAUAAAACAAUUAGGAGAAAUGAUAUAUGAAACCAAAGACAUUUGUUAAAUUACUUGAAGUUUUCACUCCAUAGAUUUAAUUUUGCUUUAAUAGAGACAUGUUUAAGAUUACCUGUUAGCAGAUUUCCUACCUUGUUAACAAGCUAUUGCCUUGAGACCAUCAAUUUGGGAAAUUGAGCUAAAAGGAAGAACUGACAUUGCAUCUCAGGUUUGACAUCCGGAGAGUUUUCGUAAAUGUCAGGAAUUCAUAGUAUUUUGAGACCCCCCCCCCCCCGAUAGCAUCAUAAACUAUAUGGAUGCAGAUGCCACAGUGUUACCCCUGCAGCUCUCUCAACUUGGUUGGAUCACUGACUUGUCCCUUCAAAAUGUUGCCUGAGAAGUGGCAUGGUACAAUGGUAUUGUUUCUAUUUGAUUGAGACCUCUGCUGGGCAGUUAGUGUAACACAAAAGCAUAAAAUUUUCCAGGCACUUGUUACACAGAACUUUUAUAUUCUCUAGUUGCUCUAGGGUAAUAAAGCACUGGAAGUCAUAGAAAAGAAGUUCCUUACACAUUUGCCUUACAAAACCCUGUAGGGUAGCAGAAAAAACAUUAAGAGGCACUUGGCUGGUUAAGUCAAUACAGCAUGCAACUCACGAUGCUGGGGUUGUGAGUUCUGCCCCACCUUGGGUAUAGAGUAUACUUAAA